AUGAAUUCAUUUCUUCUUAACAGGGCCAUUGGGUCCAUCAGUCCAUCCGCAUUCCAUGUAGCGCAAACUUCCCACUUGACUCAGCUCCUCGAACCGGCUCCGGGAAUCCGAUUCUCCAGUCGUAAGGGCCCUGUCAUACCAGAUGGUACCGACACUAUCAACUCAGAGGUAGAGGUAUUCGCCCACCAAGCUGGCGUAAAUGUGCUGGCUAUUGAUCACUAUGAGGGACGAUACAUGGUAUCCGGAGGUGCUGAUCCCUCAAUUCACCUGUGGGAUCUUGAGAGCAGAGGCUCUGAGUUGAAUCAUAUCCACAGAUCGGUCGCUUAUAUCAAUAAGGCAUCGCAUGAGGCAGCCCAUACACAUGCCAUUACAUCUAUCUCGAUAUACCCGUUCGAUCCGACUCCGUCUACCAUUCUGACAACAUCGCACGAUGGCACACUAAAGCUCUCUGCACUGGAGCCGCCUUCCAUCACACCCGUACAUACCUUCCGGCUCGAGUGCACACCGUAUUCACAUUCGUUUUCCUCCCACCCCUCAUCAACCCUGCUCAUCGCCGUGGGUACAUCGGAGAAGUUGGUACGACUGUUGGAUCUACGUUCUGGUCUAUCUACACACUCCCUAGCAGGACACAGCUCUUCGGUCCUGUCCGUAUCUUGGGCCCCGCACAAGCCGCAUAUUCUGGCAUCAGCGUCUACAGAUAACCGGGUGAUCCUGUUCGAUGUACGCAGGGGAGGACAUAAUUCUGCUAUUGCCACGUUGGACAUGGAUGAUGCGGUCGGCAUAAUCCCCUCUGAAUUGGCGCCAAAGUCAUAUCGCAGUCGUCCACCGUUCUCCCUGCAUGCUCGAGCGCAUAAUGGCGCCGUGACCGGUGUACGAUGGACGUCCAAUGGCUCGCACUUGGUUACCGUGGGCCAAGACGCACGCAUUCGCGUCUGGGAUGCGUCGACAGGCGCCAAUACACUCGCGCACUUCGGUCCGAGGGUUCGAAACAAUGUGUCGUCUCAUCUGGCAGAGCGAGCACCAUUGAUAAUACCUCAGGGAGUAAUGGCCCCGGGUCAUGAGACAUUGCUGUGGGCAAACUUUAAUGACCGCGAUGACCGGGGUGAGAUAUUCAUGUUUGAACUCCGUGAAGGGACCAUUGUCAAACUUCUGAAGGUCCCCGGGCUUCUUGGUGCUGGAAAACAGCAGUUUAGAGGGCGGUCCACUGCUCUAAGCGCAGCGCGUAUCAAUGCUCUGGCUUGGCGGGGGAAUGGGGCAUCAGGAGAGGGACUGGAAUUAUUCUCAGCGCACGGCGAUGGGACCAUCCGAGGUUGGGUGUCAAGGGAGCCGGAGGGGGAAUCUGAUGAGGCGGAAGAGGAAGAACAGGCGGAUCGGAAACGCAAACGGGAUGUGCUGGACGAGAUCUAUCGGGGGUUUAUGGAAGGAAUGCCAUGA